UCAGUGCACUCCACAGCUCUGUGCAUGUUUUUAUUUCUAUGGUUAAAUUGAUCACGAUUCAAAAUAAAUAAUUCAUUUAAACAUUAUCAAACAUUGCCUUAUAACAAAAUAAAAUAAAGUACUAACAAUCUAUGCAUCUUAAGGAGGAAAUGGAAAGUUUGAAUGAGGCUUCAUUAUCUGAAGCUUUAAAAAAUGAGAAAGCGAUAAACACAAAGUCUGUUGAAAUAGCUCGAGAGAUCGUAAACAAAGAUUACGACAUCGCGGUUUUCGCUGAGAAACUGGGAUUCGCCUUGACAUCUCCUACGCUUGAAUUGCGCAUCAAUGGAACAAAACUGCUUAGCAGUGUCUUGUCCAACUUGCCGAGGGAUCAUUUGACCGGUGAACAGCUAGAAUUUUUGGCAACAUUUUAUGCUGACCGAAUGAAAGAUCAGCACAAUGUGCUUCCACCAGUGAUCGAUGGCAUAACCGCCCUUAUCAAUAUGAAGAACUUUCCAGAUUCUUCUGUGGUUACAAUACUUCAGAGUUUUUUCCAGCACACUACUUGCCAAAGCCAAGUUCGAAAUGAUCGUGAAAAGAUUUUCAGAAUAUUCAAAGUUCUUUCAGAAAACUACGAAACUGUUCUUAAAUCUAUGGGAGGUGAUUUUAUUUAUGGGCUGAUAAAUUCGAUUGAUGGUGAACGUGAUCCUAGAAAUUUAGAAUUUAUAUUCACGUUUAUGCCAGAUUUAAUCGAAAGAUUUCCUUUGUUGCAUUUAUAUGAAGAAAUGUUUGAAGUAUUUGCUUGUUACUACCCAAUUGACUUCAACCCAAGCAAAAAUGACCCUGAUGCUAUCACAAGAGAGAAUUUGGCAAAUAAAUUGUUGAAUUGUUUUGUUGCGUCGGCGGAAUUUAUCGAAUGGGCAGUGCCGUUGGCCCUGGAGAAACUGGAAAGUGAUUUGGUCGUAGCUAAGUUGGACUCUUUGAAAGUUUUGUCUGCCUUGGCGCAAAAAUAUCCACCAAACUCAUUAGAACUCUACUUUGAAGACAUUUGGUCAGAAAUUAAGAAAAACAUCUUCCCUGGCUCGGAUAACCCAGCUAUUCACAAUGUCGGCCUUAAAACACUUCAAACAAUUCUAGAACGAGCGUCGACUGAUUCGACUAUAAGCCAGCACUAUAAAACAAUAGUUUUAGGUACAGUUCUCCCACACCUGAAUGACGUGCAUCAGCGACUAUUUAACCCUGCCACUGCAAUAGCACUUGUUUGUGUGACAGGUGAUGCGGGUUUUGCCUCAGAAAAGGUUCUCAACAGCUUUCUAUUGAAAUUACAAUCCGAUGAAGAACUCAGCUUACAAGACAAGAUCAAAAUUUUCUACAUUUUGGCACAGGUCUUUAAGCUGUGCUCCCUGAAAAAUGCCAUACGUCGGAUAAGUACAAAAAUAACUUCAGAGUUACACAUAGAAUUUAUAAAAGAUUUGAAAAAGGAAACUAAUCCUUUGGAUCUAAAAAAAGCAGCUUUGGCAUGUCUCAACGAAUCGAUAGCUUGUGCAAGUAAAGAAAACCGUAUUCUUGUAUACCAAAGUAUGGUACAACUCCUAACAUCAAAUGACUUAGAAAUCGAUCUUAAAGAUAUUCUUAAGCACAUUGCCGAGUUGGAUUCUAAAGAGCUGGAAGCAGAGUGCGUGGACAAGAUUAUAAGAAACUUUCCUUUGUUCUCACCGUUUGUGAAAAGAAAAGUUUAUACAAAUUUCUUACACCUUAUCAAAUUCACAGCCUUCACACCUAUAGUGUACGAUUUGAUUUUCAAAAAUAUCUUUGAAAAUGAUUCUCCUGAAGUUAAUCUAAUUGCUUUAGAUGCAUUGAUAACUCUCUUAAAGCAAGAAAAUGCUGCAUUUAUUGAGAAUCUCCAAAUGAACGAAUCCCUUAUUUCCAAAAUCUCCAAUUUGAUGCAGCGUGGCGUAUUAAACCUUGAAAUGUUCGAAAGCUGUGCGACUGUUCUCAAUUUGAUAAUGAGACAUCUGCCUGUUGCUGAGCAGUAUGUGAUUAUUAGUGAACAUCUGCCCAAAUUGAAUCUUCAACAAGAAUCUGAUCUAUUUCUUACAAAGGGUCUUCUGGGAUUCAUGCAUGAGAAUAUCGCAAUUGAUGAACAUUUCGAGCAAUUAGCUGAUGAUUUAACCAAACUUUCACUGACUAGCGAAAACGAACAUUUACGAAAGGUAUGUCAUCAUUUGCUGUGCAGUUUGUUCAAUAAGGCAGAAGACAACGAAAUAAACCGCGGUAUUCUGCAACGAAUAGUACAAAAACUUAAAGAAGAAAUAAAGAAAAACAAUCAUAAAGCUGUUGAAAUUCUUUCUUGGAUUGGAAAGGGAUUGAAUGUUCGAGGACUAGAUGUGGCGGGUGACAUUAUUGAAUCGAUUGCAGAUCUAUUGGAUGACCCAACGUUAUGUUCAGCAGCAAAGUUAGCUUUUAAUAUUAUCUCAGCUGAAUAUCCAGAAAUCCAUUUACCAUGGGUUCGAUUUCUGUUCAAACAGAAAUUUUUUAAUGUGAUCUAUUCAAAAAUUUCCCAUAAGUUAGAGAGUUUUUCGGAGAAUCAUUUAAACGCUUUCAUAUACAUUUUAAAAGCAAUGCCUCAUGGGGUGCUAAAAAUUAAUAUAGAAAAGAUUGGUCCCGUUUUGUUUAAAUGUUUAGAAUUAAACGAGAUAACAACUGUUCAAAUAUCAACUGAGAUAUGCGAGAAUUUUGUUAAAACAAAAGAUGUUUACUUUAGUGGACACUUAAAUCAUCUUGUUCCACAGUGUAUAAAACUAUCACAGUUCAAGAGCUCCAUGCAUAUAAGAACAACUGCACUGAAUCUUCUCUACGAAAUUACAAAGUACCCAACAUAUUUUUUAAUACCAUUAAAAAUGGAUGUUGUUCUUGGAUUAUCAUCAGCAUUGGAUGAUCAAAAGAGACUUGUUCGUUCUGCAGCAGUUAAAGCCAGCAAUGCGUGGUUUCUUGUUGGUGAACCAAUUGGAGAUUAAAGCUUUUUUUAAUUCGUGAAUAAUAAACAUAAAAUUGUAGUUUUGUUUGUUUUUUAUGUAUUUUCAAAAGCGUUUGUUUUUUUUUCUUUUUUAACACAUAAAUAACGAUUGUGUAUUUAAAAUUAUUUCUUUUUUAAGUUUCAUAAUGUUAAUUUUUAAAAGAAAAAAAUAAAUAUUUUUUUUAUCAAGAAAACUAAAUAAAAACAAAUAUUUAAACCACAA